AUGGAAGUAAUGAAGCCUUUAAUUGAUGAACAAAAUUCGGAUGGCAUCUCAGAUGAAGAGCAUGAAAACAAUUUCCUGCCAGUUGAGAAGCAUUACCAGCUUGAUGAUGAAGAAGGCAUUACGUUUAUACAAACACUUACACAUCUCCUCAAGGGAAACAUUGGAACUGGGCUUCUUGGUCUUCCUCUUGCAAUAAAAAAUGCUGGCAUUGUGAUUGGACCAAUCAGCCUUGUGUUCAUAGGAGUUAUAUCUGUUCAUUGUAUGCACAUCUUGGUACGUUGCAGCCACUGUUUAUGUCAGAGGAUGAAAAAAUCCUCUCUGGGGUAUAGCGAUACAGUUAGUUACUCCAUGGAAGUGGGACCUCUGGCUGCUCUUCAGAAACGAGCUGCUUGGGGACGGUAUAUUGUUGACUUCUUCCUAGUGAUAACACAACUGGGAUUUUGUAGCGUUUAUGUUGUGUUUUUGGCAGAAAAUGUGAAACAAGUCCAUGAAGGAUUCUUGGAAAACAAGACUGCUCCCAUAAAUGUCAGUGCCACUGGCAGUCCUUCUGAGAAAAGGAGUACUGAUUUACGAAUAUACAUGCUGUGUUUCCUGCCAUUUAUGAUUCUCCUGGUCUUUAUUCGUGACCUUAAGAGCCUGUCCUUCCUUUCAUUGCUUGCCAAUCUGUCCAUGGCUGUCAGCCUGGUGAUCAUUUACCAGUAUAUUGUUAGAGAUAUAGUAGAUCCUCGAAAACUGCCUCCUGUGGUUGGCUGGAAGAAAUACCCACUGUUUUUUGGGACUGCAAUAUUUGCUUUUGAAGGAAUCGGUGUGGUACUGCCAUUGGAAAACAGAAUGAAAGACACCACGCGUUUCCCACUGGCACUGAACAUUGGCAUGGGAAUAGUCAUGACCUUGUAUAUCUCACUAGCCACUCUAGGCUAUCUGCGCUUUGGGGAUGAAAUCAAAGGCAGCAUAACUUUAAACCUACCACAAGAUAUAUGGUUGUAUCAGUCUGUAAAAAUUCUGUACUCCUUUGGGAUUUUUGUGACCUAUUCGAUUCAGUUCUACGUCCCUGCGGAGAUCCUCAUUCCAGCUGUCACCUCCAAAGUGAAGCAGGAGUGGCAGUUACUCUGUGAGCUUGUGACGAGAGCACUAUUAGUCUGCUCAACCU